AUGAAAACUCCAGAACUGAAUGACAACUAUCAAGAAGUACUCAAGGAAAAGGAAGAUUCCAGUUCGGAAUUAAGCUUUAUGGUUGAUGAGAAAACAAUAUGUGAACCAAAUCCCAUUCUAAUUACGAAUACAGGUUUUAAUCGUCGUAUUCAUAAUUGGAGACUUUUCAUUCAUUAUAUUUUUAAAACAGUUGUUGAAUUGAAACAAGAUCUUGACGUUUGGAAAUGGUUCAAAAUUCCAAACUACAAUGGAAGACAGGAAGUUGAGGCUUUGGUACAAGCUGAAAAUUUUACAAUAUAUGGUGGACCACGAUAUACACAAGAUAUAUAUGAUGAUUUAAAGAAUCAUGUUUGUGAACGAAUCCUGGAACUUCAAUUUAUAUUAAUUUCAAAAUUUCAACAUAUAGAGUUUGUGACUUUCUUUUUGACUUGGUCAGUGUCAGAGGUUCGUGUAUUUGAUGUCUUGAAAACGGAUCCAUAUAAGUUCUACAUAUUUGCUGCUGGAAAUUUUAAUCUAAUGAACUCCUGUACUUAUAAAGCCAUUGUUACAUGGGAAUUUUGCAAACAAUUUACAAAUGAUAGAAUUGAACCGUACCUUGAAAAAACACUGCCAACAGGGCGAGUUCUUGUGUCUGGUAACAAGCCAAAAAAACAAUUUAAAGAGGUUCAAUGUUGGCAUGAUAUUCAAAUUUUUAAAGGAUAG